AUGCGACUUUUUAGGUUUCUGACGCUGUGCACGGGCACAAUUCACGCACAAUUACAAGAGAAACCAGAAUUCGAAUUUGAAGUUCAUCAUCGAGGCGGCGAAAAUAAGAUCUACACCUGGAGGGAGGCCAAAAACUAUUGCCAAUCGAUAUACGAUGGUUGGCAAUUGGUGAUCGUGAACUCGCCCGUAAAGCAAGAAGCACUUGAGAAGGCCUUUCUCAAAGCCGGGGCACAGGACGAAGAUGCGCUCUGGAUCGGUUUCAUGAACGAAGACGGCUGGGGAGCCAACUCGGCCGAUCCCGCGUUGACCACCGAUCUGUACGGAAACCGCGCGGUUUACACCAACUAUGGCCCAGGAGAGCCAAACAACAAACGUGGCAGCCCGAAAGAUGAAAGAGGCGAAAACUGCGUCCGAAUGCGAUACAAGAAGAAAAAGUUCUUCUGGGAAGAUGCUCUUUGCGGUCGAGGAGAUACCAUCAAAUCGGGAAAGAACAAGAAAGCUUACAAAAACUCCUUUGCGUGUGAACCAAGACCUCUGAUGGAUCUUGGUCCUUGUGACAAACUGCCAGAAGAAGAAAUCCCACAAGACGACAAUUACCGCAUUUUUCCAGCGGAAAAGCUUGGCUACAACGAAGCAAGAGCGAAGUGCCAAGCGCUUGACGAAGAAGAAACCGACAAUUCGGGCAAGUGGGAUCUCGUCGUUUUCGAGCAAGAAGAAGAACUGCAGUACGUGAAGAUGUUGAUCAACUGCCUUCCAGAGUCGUUUUGGGUGGGGUACCGCGAGAAAGACGGACUAGCGCUGGAUGCGUUUGGCCGAAAGCCUCAAAUCGAAAUUCCUUGGUGGGUCAACAAGCCUUCCGGGGACCUCGACGACCCGAAUAAUCCUGGAGAGAACUGUGUCAGGAUGCAAAACGGAAAGUUCACGGAUGAAGAAUGCACCAACGCCAACACUGGCCAGAUGAGAGAAGGGCUAGGCGUUGGCUUUGUCUGCGAACGGCACACGCACAUUAUUUACGACGAGGAGCCGGCCAAAACAUGCGAAACCAACGAGCAUGGAAUUCUGCCGUUUCGAGUGCAAAAGGGUUGUCCCACCCCGAGCUACUGCACAGCUACGUCGGAGAUCGUCGACGCCUGGUCCGUCCAGAAAAGAGGAAAGGGAACUUCGUUCGGCCUGGCGCUGAAGGUUUCCAUUCCAAACCGGUUCAGAUGGGAAAACAAAGCAGUCGGCGGUUCGGAAGUGCUUUUGCACUCAAAGUUUUACACAAACCCAAGCAACGACGGGUUUGAUUUAGAUAAGAACUCGUUUCUCUUGCUUGUGGAGGGAUUGCCCCGACGAGUCCAUCCAACUGCGCUGGCUUUCAAAGGAAGAGUCAAAAGACAUGAGUGCUUUGAUCCGUCGAUGCAUGCUAGAUCUGGAUGGGGACGACCUGGAAAGCCAGCAUUUAGCUCUGACAUUCGCCAGUUUGCAAAGGAUAAGUACGGCAGCGAUGUAACUCUCGACAAUGUCCAGAGCUUUGGCAUUCGCAACGGCGCAUUGAAACGCGUCCGGGCAAAAUCGCUGAAGCAAAAGAAGGACACUCUUUUGUAA